UUGAGGGCUCGAGCUGUAUCUCGCAGAGAAAGGUAAAGGUAGAAACGGGAAGAAAAAAAAAAAUCAGUAAAAACAUCAAAUUCCUUCAAAAUCUAAUUAAGAGUCGAAUUUCUUGAGAAACAACUGUGAGCCUGAGUAUCAAGACCACAUAAUGGAAGAAUGCAUCGAGCAAAGCACAGUGGAUAGGCAGGGCCCUGUGGACUACGGGGUCCAAAUACGCUUCAUAAAUGACCUCCAAGACACCCAUAAAUCUAAGAAAGCGAAGAAGAAUGUGGCCAAGUCAGGUUCCUAUGGAGUCAUGGUCCGGGUCCAGGGAAUUUCUGGACAGCCAUACGUGGUGUUGAAUAACAGUGAUGGAGUAUCACCAGCACCUGGGGCACAGUACAGGACAGAUUAUGUUAAAGACGGUAUCCCAGAAGAGAGUGGCUCUGCUGUCCCUGGCACCUAUCCAGAAAAUAGAGAAGAUGCAAAGGAGCUUGACGUUCCGGAAAACCCUUAUGGAGACACCACCUCCAGUAGGCAUCCCACUGGCAGUGAUUCCCAACAUAGUACCUCCGAUGAAGAAGCGGGUUCCAGACACUACGUGCGGCUCUACGACUCUGAGGCCUACGUGCGGAGCAGCAGGAAUGCUGGCUUGUACGAGAGCGUUGAGGGCCACAUGUCGCUGCCCCGCCGGAGACCCGCACACCCCGAAGAGCAACUGAGGAAGUCUUGCUCCCAGGGAUCAUUGCUCAAUAUGGAAGAAGGGCCAUUUCCUCUUGAGCUUCCGCCCGGGAAAAAAGUGGACCAGCAGACCCGGAGCUCUGCUGCAUCAACCAGCAGCGAGCAGUCUGUUGGCAGUGGCAGAGGGAAAAUUCAGGGCUAUUCCAAUGAUCUGUACCUGGACGAACCUCGAUUGAAUCCGCCCGUGUCAAGUUCCAUUGGGUGGUCAAAGUCGGUGAGCAAAGCAUCUUCUGCCGCUGACAUGUCGUCCAAGUCCAGUGAUGCCAGUGCGAUAGACACCAAGCCCCUCUCAUCUGUCGACUCGUUAAUUAGCAAGUUUGAUAGAAGUGGUGGGCAGCAGAGGGGCCGAACGGCGCGACGUAAUCGUAUUACAGCCAGCGACCAGAAGCGGUCGCAAAGCCUCGAUAGCAGAAUGCCAGUGGACCGCUCCAGCAACAGACCGGAACUGAAGAAAGAGCCUGAGUGGGACGAGGAGUUUGAGACACCCGGCGGCCAGAAACCAUUCCGUUCUGGUGACGUGAUGGAUGUCUGUAAGGAUGUCAGCUAUGAGAAGAUCCUGGAAGCAAGGCCUCCUUUGGUCACCAAGGAAUCGCCCCCUCAAACCCAGUUUGCUCCUCCAGUCUUCAGUGCAGUCAACAGAUACACCGCGGGUUUCCCCAACAAACCUGCGAAGGAGCCGGAUCACUUCCCAACUGCUAAUGCGUCUAGCCUCCCCAAAAAGUGGAGUCAGAACCAAACUGAGGCGGAGCCCAUCGUGGAGAGAAAUCGGAAUACUGCAGUCUUCACUGAGCGAACCAUACAGUUAAAAUCUACACCUGACCUUCUGAGGGACCAACAAGAACUCUCUCCUGCCAGCGAAGAGCUAAGAAAGCAGCUUAUCUUCAAAAUACUGAAGGAAGGGAGUAUUGAAAGUGACAGUUUCUUGAGGAAGAAAGCAAGCCUGGUGUUUGACAAAUUCCAAAGCAUGAAGUAUGCUGAAUUAUCACCUGAUCUCCAGACUCUCUCUAGUCAGAACAGUGACUUGGAGAAGAAGAUUGCAGAACUCCAGCAUAAACUGGAUGGAGAAUUAAUGAAUCAUAAGGAUGGUCAGAGGAGAAUUGAUAUGGAGGACAUCCAAAUGCAGCUGGAGGAGACCAAGGAAGAGAGGAACCAGCUGCACUCGCUGUACCAGAAGAAUAGGAAGGAGCUCCAGGAUAACAUGCAAGAACUGAUGAAACUGAAGAUGGAGAAGGAGACAAUGGAGGCAGAGAUGAGAGACCUGCAGGAUGAAAUGGCUGCCAUGCACAAAGAGCUGAGAAGUAGCAGAAAAUCCACCGCAGACAGUGGGGACACUGAGAUUUUAUCAGAGCUAACAAGGACGAAAGAGGAACUGGACAUGGUUGCCACUGCAAAACAAACCAUGGAAGACAUCCUGAGGCAGAAGGAAAGAGAGCUGACGGCCCUGAAGGGGGUUCUGAAGGAAGAAGUGUCCAGCCAUGAUAGGGCGAUGGAAGACCUUACAGCCCAGUACCAGAAGGAUAUGGAACAACUCAGGAAAAAUUUUGACGAUGUGUCACAGACGCAGCAGAAUGUGGAGUCUGAGAGGCAGAAGAUAAACUCAAUGAUGCGCAACCUGCAGAAACAGCUGGAGGAGAGCACCGAGGAGACCGUGCACUGGAAGGAGAUGUUUCAGAAAAACCGCGAGGAGCUACGCAACACCAAGCAGGAACUGCUGCAGAUAAAACUGGAGAAGGAGGAAUUCGACGAGGAGCUGCGGGAUUUGCGAGAUCGUUACUCAGUGAUGCAGGAUGAGGUGGACCAUGUGAAACGGACCUCAGUGGAUAGUACUGAGAUCCAGUCCCUUAAAAAAGAGCUGGCUACAGCCAAGAAAGAAUUGCAGGAGAUGGCUGGUAACAUUGAGCAUCAGGAAGCUCUUGUGCAACGUAAGGAGCAGGAACUGAGUGCACUGAAAGGAACACUCAACGAAGAGGCUGCCAGUCACAGUAAAGCACUCGAUAAACUGAAGCACAGCCAUCAGAAGGAAGUGGAUAUGCUAAAGAGGAGCUGUGACCUUAUGUCAAAGGAUAAAUUAAACCUGGAAAAUGAGAAGGGAGCCACAGAGCAGGCCAUGAAAGCAGCGGACUCCUCUCUGAAACAGUUGAAGCAGGACAACGAGGACCUAAAGAGAAAGGUAUCGCAGAUGGACUUCCAGAUGGGAGAGUGCAGGGACCUGAUCGAGGAACUGAAGUGCUCCGAGUCAUGGCUGAAGGACAAGGUGGUCAGGCUGGAGGCGGAGCGGAAGCAAGUGGAACUGUCUCUGGGAGAAGCGACAGAGCAGGAACAGGAGAUGGCUGUAGCCAAGAGAAUGUUGGAAAACCGCCUGGAAGAAACACAGCGGAACCUGAACAGGCUGACCCAAGACCACCAGGAGUUAAAUGAGCGUUUCCAGGAUGAGAUGAGACAGAAGGAUCAGCUGAGGAAGGCGAAGAACGAGCUAGAGGAGCAAAAGAGGUUGCUGGACAAAAUGAUUGAGAAGUUGCAGAAAGAGGUGGACGAGGUCUCUAAGCAGUCAGGGAACUCUGUGGUCAUGCUGCAGUCCCAGUUGGACGAGUACCGGGAUAAGUCACGUCGUGAGUUAACGGAUCACCAGAGGCAAGCAAAGGAGAGGGUGUUGGAGCUGGAAAAAGCAAACGCGACCAUCAAGAGGUUACAAGAUGAGGCUGGGCGUCUGAAACAGGAUCUGCAGCAGAGCAAUGCAGAAAAGGAGAACGCACUGCUAGACAAAGAUCUUCUGGGGCAGCGGCUGCAGAACCUGGAGCAGGAAAUGGAGGCCAAGAGACGCACGCAAGACGACAAGUUGCGAAUGGUUAAAGUUCUGGAGGACAAGAUAAAACAUCUGGAACUGGAACUGGAUGAAGAGAAGAGCAGUGUGGACCUUCUAACUGAGAGAAUCAACAGGAGCAGGGAUCAGAUUGAGCAGCUGAGAGGGGAGCUGAUGCAAGAAAGAGCAGCAAGGCAGGACCUAGAAUGUGAUAAGAUUUCCUUGGAGAGACAGGCGAAAGAUUUAAAGGUUCGCCUGUCUAACUGUGAAGGUUCUGUGAAACCGAAUGCCAACUUGCCUCAACUCGAAUCUCGCAUCAGGGAGCUGGAGGAUCGCUUACGGUCAGAGGAAAGGGACCGAAGUGCACUACAGGCAUCGAAUCGCAAGCUGGAGAGGAAAGUAAAGGAACUGACCAUUCAGCUUGAUGACGAAAGACAGCAGGUGUCUGAUGAGAAAGACCAGCUGACCUUGCGUGUGAAGGCACUGAAGCGACAAGUGGAUGAAGCUGAGGAGGAGAUUGAGCGGCUGGAAACUGCGAGGAAGAAGGGCUUGCGGGAGCUGGAGGAUCUAUAUGAGGUCAAUGAACAGCUGCAGACCCGUAUCAAGUCCCUGGAGAAGGACGUCAGGCUCAAGAAGACGCGUUCCAACGUGGGACUGCAGGAUGAUGACAUCAGUACGGAUGAAGAGUUUGACAGCAACUUUGAGCCUUCCUCAAUUACUUCGCUAAUAACAGAGAGCAACCUGCAGACAAGCUCCUGUUAGACCAGACUCCAUUGGACAGGAUGAACUCACCAGAUCAAUCACUGUCUCUCUCCCGCUUUUUUUUUAAGACUGAGCUGUACACAAAUCCCUUGUGUAAAACUGCAAGCCUUGUUGAUUUCUUUCAAGUGGAAAGUCAGCUGUGUUUUUGUUUCUAAAACUACCUGCAGGCACAGAACCCGUGACUCUGGAAGCCGUUUUUACCACACGAUGGAUAUAACAUGUAUUUUCUUAAACUGCAAUCUUUAAUUUUGUAGAGUUUGUUACAAUCAAUUCUUGUUUCCGCAUUCCCACUGGGAGGCGAAGGUGGUCCAGCAUCUGAUUAUUUCACAUCAGGCUAGAAAGCAGCCACGCACAGGACUGGGAAGGGACUGCGUGCACGUACGUACGUACGUGUGUUCCCCGCGCAUAUUCUGACAAGCAGCUGAGACCCACUUAGCAGAAUUUUGAGUGUGUGCCACACUUUGACUUCGUUGCUUCUGUGCUGACCUGACAUCAGAGGCAGCCAUGACACCAAAUUGAGAAUCAAGAACCUGAGGUGUGAUUUAAAGACCCAGUUAAUGGAAACUGUGUCCAGGGGACCUCAUGGAAUAGGAUGUGCUGGCCAAGAGAUUAGAUUUGAGCUGUUGAAAACAGAAGGGAGAGGUGGAGAGAGCGGGAAGGCGAGGAAGAGGUGCAUCGAUUUCAGCAGCUUCUGUUACCUGGCUUGUUUUGAGCUGUGUAACCUAGCACAGCAGCUCUGUCAUAUCCUUCUGAAUUAAUACUCAACUGGCUGAUCACAGGAGAGGAGACAUCGUGCUGCCUGCUCUGUGCCUAAAACCUGCUAGCUCGUGUGUGUGUGUGUGUGUGUGUGUGUGUGUGUGUGUGUGUACAACUGCUGUCAUGUUAUCCCUAUCCAUCUUUGUGACCCUGCCUGAUUCCUACCUGUCUCUGGGUGCUGUUCUCCAGCUACACAAAUAAAAUAUAAAAUGAGUGCCAGGUGUGACCAGGCCAGUCAAAAUACUGCUGCUUGUGUGCUUUGCAAAUGCAUGCUUUUUUGUCUUUUUUUUUUAAGAAAAGAUACAAGUUUGCACUUGUUCAGCCUCGCGUGCAGUGCAGGGGUGUGGGGGACAGGGAGCAGACAUUGAACCUGCAGAAACUCGCUGCCCUCAGAGCCAGGUUAGACGAGGCUGAAGAGCUCUCAUCUUUUCAACAGAGCUGCGGAAUACAUCAGAACAUUUAAGGGGAAAUUAAUUCUGGGUUCCAGUUAAAUUUGGGGGUUUAUCAUUUGACAUUUCCGCUCAUCUCCUAUGCUUGUCCCUUGGUUGGUGUGAGAACUUUGCCUUUUGAGUUUGUGCGUUCCCUCUUUACCUCUCCCCUCCCCCAUCCAUAGGAGCCUGGAUGCCUAUUCUAGUCUCUGCGCAGUGGGAGAUUGGACAGCGUCAGCAAGAAGGAACAAUGGGCAUGCUGGAACUGGAAUUCUGGGAUUGAAAGUCUCUGUGCUGGUGACCAUCGGGGUCAGCUGUCCUCAAGGGCAGCAAAUCUGUCAUCCUACACAUGACUUCAGGCCCACAGCAAUGUGGUCAACUCUGAAAUGACCCUCUCUGGUCAAGGGCGAUUUAAGGAUGGCGCAACAAAUGUUUCCAGUGAUGCCCAUUUCACGCCAAGGGGAAGCAAGUAUUAUCUAAAUACAUCCUGAAUUUUAAUAGGAAUCAUUCUUGAGGGAUGGAGGGGGCGACAAAGAUGGAUGGAGUAAACAAUAGUAAACGCUAAAUAUCAGAAGUUUUAUCUGUGUUGUCGCGACUUGCCGAGGAACAAACAGUUGGGGAUUAUGCUUGCUACACAGUGCCCUGUUUGCUACCAGAUGGAAGAAAAGUGAAUUGGCCUAUAUCUCACUGAAAGUACCCAUGAUCGUUGGGGUUAAACAUUGGUAAAAGGAGACAUGAAGUCCAAUCUUUUUGUCUUGCACUCGUCAGGACUAGGAUGCAAGAAACCUAACUGAGUUCAGGGUCUGGGGAGAAGAGUCACAGGCAGAAGAGGCAGGUGUCUUUUCCCUAGGGUGGAGGAUUUCAAGACUUGUGGCGGGGACACAUUUGAGGUGAGAGCGGAAAAAUUCAAAUAAGACCUGGGAGCAAUUUUUUUUACACAGUGGUUCGUAUGUGGAAUGAACUUCCUGAGGAAGUGGCGAAUGUGGGUACAUUUACAACAUUUAAAAGAUAUUUGGAGAAGUACACGAAUAAGAAAUGUGUGGAGGGAUAUGGGCCGAGUGCAGGCAGGUGGGACUAGUUUAGCUUGGGGAAUAUGGUCAGCAUGGAUUGGUUGGACCGAAGGGUUUGUUUCCGUGCUGUAUAACUCAGAGCUUGUGGGAACUGACAAUUUCUGCAGCAUUCCAUGGCAACACCUUGAUCAAUCAUGAAUCGGCCUGCCUGGUCUGUGAACUAAGAUUGACAGUUAACUGUUCCUGCUGUAUCUCCACAGUCAGACUUCUCAUGUUAUAUAAAUCAUUGCCUCUCUUCCUGAAGUAAGUUGCUUACACCCUGCCCCUGAUGAGUGCACGAUGUCUAAGCUCCAGCUAAGUGUCUCUGGUUUUCACAAUGUUGAAGUUCUGGACUGCCAGGCCAUGAUCCUUAGGGUUGUGUGGUAAGUGUCCCAACCUCUGAGCAAGAGGUUCUGGAUUCAAGUCCCACCUGCUCCAGAGCUGUGUUUCGUGAAUGUCUGAACAGAUUCAUUGCAGUUCUUUUGAUGUAAAUACCUGUUUCUGAACAUCUACAUUUUCUCUUAUCAACCCUUGCCUAUAUUUACAAACUUAAAAUCAAAUCAAGUUAUUGUUUGGGUUAUAUAUGAAUGAAAAGAUUUAUACAGAAUCUAUGGAGAGAUUUAUAUAUAUAUAUAUACAUACAUAUAUAUUAUCUGUAUAGAAAAAUAUAUUGAUGGCUAAUCAAUCAAGAUUUGUAUCAGAUUUUUUUCUGCUGUUGUCCAGCAACUCUCAGCCUAUUUUUUUCACAUUUAUAUUUUUGUACAUAAUGUUUUAUUUUGAUUUCUGCCUUGUAUGGAAAUCAAUAAAGCUGAUGAAGGUAUUUACAUGCAAUAA